GUAAUGGUAAAAGAUGGAGACACCCUUCACUUGGGGCCAAAGUUUGAGCAAAAUCAAUGGGAGGAUCUUCUAGCAAAGUACUGGCUCUUAUUUUUUAUAAUUAUUUUAUUGUUAGUAUUCAUUAUUCUCAUCCCUUUUAUUGCCGUAUGCUACUGUUGUCUUUGUUGUUGUAGGCGUUGUAAACAAGGUUGCCCACCAUGCACAGCAUCAACAGACUUUCGGCGACGCUGCUUUUGCGAAAUAUUUUUGUUUUUACUAAUACUUUGUUUGAUUUUUGGACUGGUAUUAGCUCUUGUGGCGAACAAGUUAUUAGAUCGUGGAUUUGAAGAUGCCACAAAAGAAAUGCGAAGGGGUACCGAGGAUACUUGUAAAUAUCUAAGCGACGUGGCAGAUCAUAUCUAUCAUAUAAUGGUAUUUAACUAUGAAGAAUUAGAGACUCACCUGAUAUAUCAACUAGAGUGAGGUCCUUAAGCCACGG